AUGUCUCGUAGUUUGCCUUAUCGUCUUGAAUGUCCUGAAAAAUGUCUACAAGCUCAAGAUGAUGCACUUAAUUCAACAUUUUUUAUUCUAAGACAAACAGGUCCUACAGCUUUUGUUAUUAAAGAAGAUGAUGAACGAAUAUUUAAAGCAUUUUUGGGUGAUCAACAUCAAUGUACUUGUAAUGUAUUUCAACGAGAUCGAGACUUAUGCAAACAUAUUUGUUGGCUUCUAUUAAAACGAUUUCGUGUGCCAAGAACUAAUCCAAUGCUUUGGCAAAAAGGUCUUGUCGAACGAGAAAUAAAUGAACUUCUACGUGGUUUAGCACGAGAAGAUGAACGAAACAAAACAAAUCAUACUCAAAAACCAAAAAAUGAUGAUGAAGAUGAUGAUGAUAGUGAAGUUGAACAACGGCCAAUCAAUGAAAAUGAUGUAUGUCCUAUAUGUCAAGAAGAAUUUUUAAUUAAGAAAGUGCCAAUUACUUAUUGCCGACAUGGUUGUGGUAAUAAUGUUCAUGUUAAAUGUAUGAAAGUAUGGCUUGAUCAUCAAGUAUCAACAGGUGAAAAAAUAGUUAAAUGUCCAUUAUGUCGAGAAACAUUUGGUACACCUGAACAACUUAAACAGGAAUUUCGUACAAGUGGUGCUCAACAAGCUGAAAAAUCAUCUAUUCAUUUAGGUUAUUCAUGUCAUCGUUGUCGUGCAUGUCCAAUUACAGGCAAAUGUUAUAAAUGUACAACAUGUCAUGAUUAUUUUCUUUGUCAAACAUGUUUUAAUUUAAAUAUACAUAAUGAACAUAAUUUUGAUUAUCGAGAAAAAUCAUUUCAACGUUGGAAAUCAGCAACACGAGAACAUUUAAAUGCAUUACCUAGUGCACUUCAUCAAAUGUUAGCAAAUAGAGAUAUUACGGAAAAUGAUUAUGAUAUUCUUCUUCAACUUGAUAAUGCUCAAAAUGCAGCAAUUAUGGGUAUACCAGAAAAUGUUGUUAAAUCAAUGCCAACUGAACGUGUACAUGAACGAAGUCGUUUAUUACAACAUGGUGAACAAUGUCGUUUAUGUUUAAGAUCUUAUCAAAUAGGUGAACGUGUUCGACGUUUACCAUGUCGACAUAAAUUUCAUAUUGAUUGCAUUGAUGGAUGGCUUUUACAUAGUCAUCCAACAUGUCCAAUUGAUGGUCAACUUGUAUGGAGUGUUGAAAUGGAAAAUGAACAAAGAGAAGCAAAACGUUCUGCUCCUGCUGCUAUUCGACAUUCAACAAAACAUACACCUUCUUCUGGUUCAUCUUUACUGUCAGUUGAUAUGGGUUUAUCUGUAACUCCUUAUCAAAUACGACCACUUAAUAUACCAACAACAACUGAUCUAAAUCGACGAUUUCGACGUCUUCAUAUGCGUGCACCACUUCGUCCAUUAAUAGCACCAACAACGAAUGAAUUUCCAUCAUCGCUUGAAAUAAAUGCUUAUAGUUUAGGAAAUCGACAAUUAUCAGCGAAUAAUGAAGAACGAGGACAAUCAUUAUUAUCAUCACCUUCAUUAGUAAGAGAAGAAAUUCGACGAGUAAAUAUUGAAUUUAAUCAAGAUUUUACAUUACCACCAACUAUUAUUGGUCGUCGAUUGCUUGAACGUAGACGCUCCAAUGCUAAAUAA